GUCUUGGACGAAUUCGUCCAAGCCUACGUCCUACGUCUAACCUACCUAGUGUGUUCGAGUGCGGAGUGCGAAAGUUUCGCGUUGGUGCUCGUUUUGAAUUUGAUUGAACUAUCUCCUUUUGUAUAUUUUGCUUUGGUCAAAGUAGUGCAAAAUGCAGAACAUUGGCGACAACAACGUGGAGAUUCCGAGCACUUUUGAGGGCAUGGAACUGAUGAGAUACCCGGACGAGCUACUAUUGCUGAUUCUCGAAAAGGUCAGGAGGGUUGACCUGUUCGCGUGCCGCCUCGUCUGCCGGAGGCUGGGCGCCCUGGCCCUGCACCCGGGCGUGUGGCGGCACCGGCGGCUCGUCGUCAACCGCAGGAGGCUGACUUGCCCGGUGCUGAGACUCGCGCCGUGCCUGGCGAAGCUGGUUGUCACCGUGCCCACCUCCUCCAACUGCCACCCGCUGACGCUGUUGUCGACGAAGUGCGCCGCGUCCUCCUUGCAGCUGAUCGUGGGGCCGGGGGGAGCCGCCCAAGGUGCCCUGGUCAUCCGGAAUCAAGAGGCGCUCGGACAACUGAGGUCUCUGGAAGUGGAACUCGAAGAUGAUUUUGAAAAUGAGGUGGACAUGAGUGGCCAUGAAGCAGCAGUAAUCUUGGGGGCGGUAGCCUCGACAGGCGGCCUCCGGGAUCUGGUAGUGAACCCUAUCCCUGAAUGCGCCCCCUCACCCCUAGUGAUCGAGUGUUUUAUCAGAAAUAACGAAGUGUCUGCGCCAUUACUCAAACGGCUCCAUUUCAACGUAUGCCUGCGCACCCAGUCUCUCCUGAAGCACGUGGUGGCCGUCAACAACGCAACAUUGACGGCGAUAAACCUGACGGGGUUUGAGUCCAUGACCGCCGUCACGGAGAUGGUAGCCUUGGCGCCUGUGCUGGCCACCCUCGCGGCUCUGCGGGAGCUGGCGUGCCCGCUGCUGCCCGGUCUGGAGGCGGUGGCGGCGUGCGAAGCCCUCGAGAAGGUGGACCUGCAGCUGAGCCCCGGCACGCCGGCCGCGACCAGGUCCGCGGUGCAGUUCUUUCUCCGCGCCAAGGCCCUGCGCCACGUGGCCAUGGAGUGCGGGGAUUUGAACACCCCGCACUCCGUCUGCUGCGAGCUCUUCGAGGCCCUGUCGGCCGGCCGGACCCGCGCCACCCUCCAGUCGGUCAGCGUGUCCUUCCUCCCGUGGACCCUGCCGAUGCCCGCGGUGGUGCAGAGGGCCAUGCUGGCCGCGCUGCCCCUGCUGCCGGCCCUGGGCACCAUCAAGGUAGGCGGCGCGGUGCCCGACGAGCUGUUGCGGCAAGCCGGCCACGGCCCCGGCCGCGCUGGAGUACCUGAUGCUGGAGUUCUGGGCGUCCCAAGCAUGUGUUCAUAGUCUCCUCCACGAAGAGGGCGUGAAGGCUAUCAUGUCAGACAAUCCCCAUGUCCAGCCACUCGUUCCCGCCACCCUCUCAUCUUACUGCGCUGGCACCACAUGUGACUACUGUGAGCUAGGGUGCCACCAGGGCCUGCCCGAGAACGGCGAACGUUUUGCUUCUUUUCAAUUUGUUCCCAUUCCCCGAGAUGUUCCUCAGUGAAGCGAAGUCUAUUUUGCUUGUUCAUAAUUAAUUUUUUUUAUUUUUUUGUACUGUCGAGCUAAUUGGGCAUGGUUUGUCUAAUGUUUUUUAAUGUUCAUCAUCUUUGUGUUCCUUUUUAUAGUCUUCUCAAUCGAAUAUGACGCCACUCUUGAAAGAGCAAAUGAUCAUUUUUUUGAACUGUCCGAAGUUCUUAUUUUUUUAAAUGUUGACCUAGUGAGGCAUGGUAAAUAUUUUGAAUGUUUCUCAAUGUUGAAACAAAUUGGCAUCAUAAAUUAUGCCUAAUGUUUAUGUAAUAAAUCAUGAUAAAUAAUGUUUACCAAUGUUUUAUUAUUCCUAAUCUAUCAGGCAUUGUUAACGAUAUAUUUAAUUUUUCUUAAUGUUAAGCUAAUAAGACAUCAUAAAUGUUUAUUAUUGUUGCUUAAUUUUUUAAUGUUAAGGUACUGAUGUCUGGUAAAUUAAUCACUGGCCACUUGAGGUUCUAUGCCAAUGCCAUUCUCGUUCACUGAAAUGUGAAAUUUGACUAUUUUGACUGUUCUCUUUUGUCAUGUCUCAUCAAUCUAGUAUAAUGUCAAA